AAAGGCGCGAUCCCUCUCUACAAAACGACCCUUCUACGGCUCCAUCAUUCGUUUUCAAAAAAGAAAACACUCUCUAAAAAAACGUUUACACAAAGUAGCCGAGGCUGGGUCCUCUCCACGAAGAAAAUGUUCCAGAUUUCAGUCGAGAUCUACCGCAGCUGAAGAGAGUGAGAUUGGAUGGUGAAAAUAAUGAUUUUUGGAGAGUUUUGGAACCGGGAACGAUGCUCCCUCGAGAGAAUCUCCUCUUCGAACGAUAUAUAAGAGGAGGCAGAUGGAGGACCUCGAAGAGCACCCAAGCCCGCUGUAGAGAAGCCCUUGUCCUCCUCCGUUUAGAGCAGGCUCCUCUCCUUCGAAUCCCUUUGAAGUAUAAAUCCCAUCGAUCUAGAGCUAGGGUUUGUGAUUUCUUGGAAAAGCGUAUAUAUUGCUACUCUUUAGCAGUCAAGGACACUUCUAUAUAGGUUUUCUGAAAAUGACUUCCCAGUGCUGGCCUUCAAAAAGCAAUAGAUCUUCAACCAGAUAUUGGUGGGUUCCAAUGGAAGUGCAAUCCUUUGAGCCAAAUACAUUUUUCCUCAAGGAGGAUGUCUCUAUUUCUCGUGCAAAAAGCAAUGCACAAUCUGAAACCAAAGCUCCUAGCAACAGAGUAAGUACAGCGAAGUUUAUAUCAGCAGUUGCAGGGAUCUGGGAUUAUGUUGGUCAGCCAGCAAUUUUUCAUGCCAAUGGAAGUUUGAAAUACCACGACAUUUGUCAGAAGGAUAAUCUUAUAUGCUAUUCUGAUGGCCAAACAAAGCAUAAAUCUAGAUCUGCCAAUGGAGAAAAUUUCUGCAAUAAUCUCACAUCCAGUAACUCUUUCUCAUCAUCUGCAAAGUCAAACUUUGAAGAUCUGAAAACAAUUAAGAAAAGGUUGUUGUUUGCUUCAUGCAAUAAGAAUGUCAGUAAUUCUUUCAUCUGUAAAAAUGUCCAGGUCAGUGAUUCUCAUUUGCUUGUAGACUCUUAUGGAAUCGAUAAGGUGGCAAGCCAAGAGGUUUCCAAUGAUCUGGCACACCCAUAUGAAAGUACAACUAGGGAGAAAGUUCUGACCAAACCCACUAGCAAUGGAUCGGAUGGAACAGAUGAUAACUGCACCAUUGCAGAAAGAAAUUCUUUGGCUGACUUAUCUGCUAAUCGGAGUGAAGGAGUUAAGACCAUCAUUCAGGCUAAUGGCAUGGGUCAAAAAUCAUCUUAUCUCAUUGUUAGGAGAAUUAUAUCUGAAAAAGGCAUGCUGGGACUUUACCGUGGAAUUGCUAGCAAUAUUGCUUCUUCAGCGCCAAUAUCUGCAAUUUAUACUUUCACAUAUGAAUCAGUUAAGGGAGAUCUGCUGCCUCUUCUGCCAAAGGAAUACCAUUCCUUGGCACAUUGCAUUGCUGGUGGCUGUUCAAGUAUAGCGACCUCUUUUGUCUUUACUCCUAGUGAACGCAUUAAGCAGCAGAUGCAAGUGGGUUUACAGUAUCAGAACUGCUGGAAUGCUAUGAUUGGAUGUCUUGAAAAAGGUGGUGUGUCUUCAUUAUAUGCUGGAUGGGGUGCAGUCCUUUGCAGGAACAUCCCACACUCUAUCAUUAAAUUCUAUACCUAUGAAAGCCUGAAGCAGUUGGUCUUGGGAUCAGCAAAGCCUGAUGCUAGUCUCAACACAUUGCAAACGCUAGUAUGCGGUGGCCUUGCUGGAUCUACCGCGGCUUUGUUCACGACUCCUUUUGAUGUAGUGAAGACAAGACUACAGACACAAGGGCUUGACUCCGAGGUUGGCUAUGUAUGUUUCUCAAGGAGCCAUCUUCUUUGCGUCAUAUGAGUUUCUCAAAGCAGUUUUUGCUUUGGAAGUUCCACAACCACCUUCCCAAGUCACCGAGAUCAAACAAAAAGCAGAUGAUCUUGCACCAUCAAAAAUGCACAAACUGCAUUCAUAAGUACAGUUUGAGCACAUAUUUGAAAGUUCAUAUGAAGUUAUUUUUUCAAAGAAAGAAAGUCAUAGAUAUACCAACUUAAGAAAGCAUCUACAGGAGCACUGUCUGUUGGAAGAACAAAGCUCAAGUUAGAUUUUGCAAUCCCAUUUAUUUCCAACCAACAUAUUUUAAUUUUCUUUGAGGUUUUUGAGGUUUUGUUCUGCUAAUGCUCCUUUUGUUUCUCUAGAAUUCUUUUCAUCACAAACUAAAUAUCUUGUUGACAAUUCAGAGUUACAACCACACUUCAACUGGAUAAAGGCAGGAUAUUAGCCAUCCCACCCCCCCACAAUAAAAAAAAUCCGGAAAGGAAAAACAUUACAUUCUCUUGGGGAAGAUGAACAGUUUGCUCCAUUAAUUUGGAUUCUUGUAUGUCCUCUUGUUUCUGUUUGUUUCUUCAUCCUGAAUUAAUGCUACAUGGGUAUACUUCUGCAACCAUGGAUGCAAACUGCCUCAAGCAUCAGAUCCAACAGCAUUUCAAGCAGCAUUCUAAACAUCAUGGAGCCUUUCUAUUCUCCAGAGAUUUCAAGAUUCUUAUCAAGCAGCAGAAAAUGUCAUCUGGAUGUUAUCUUUACAUGAUUGUAUGUUUGCUUGAUCUCUUUGUGGUGGAUCUUGAAGAGCUAGGAAACCGAACCCACGAUAUUUUGCUAUGCUAGCCGCAAAAGCAGGAGGACCAGUUCAAAAGAUAACAGAAGUGGAGGCUAUAGCUAAUUCUAAGGGGGAUUAGUUGACCAUGUGAACGUUGCUUGAGUUUAGGAAGGGAGUUUAUUGAGUUUGUUGAGUCAGUUGAGUCUGUUUAGGAGUCUAAGUAGCCGUUGGGCUUACUUAUUAUAAAUAAGUCUUUGGACAGUCGGAUAGGGCAUUGAAUUUGAUUGUAAUUGUAGUUUUGUCUUCAGCCCAAAUUAGAGAAAUCUAUUGUAUUUUAGUA